AUGUCUCUCCAACUAUUGACACCGGAUCAGUUUGAAGCGUUUCCAUACCAGCCACCGUAUCCGAAUCAGCAAGAGCUAAUGAAGCAUCUCUACUCAGUGCUUGAACACCGGCGACACACGAUUGUCGAGAGCCGUACGUCGACUGGGAAAACACUCGUUCUUCUAUGCGCCACGUUAUCUUGGCUCCUGGACGAUCGCGAUCGGGCGCGUCAAGGGCAGCUUGAAUCUCUCAAAAUUUGCAACAGCCAAGACCCGGACUGGAUCGUGGAGCAAACAAUCGAGAGACGCCGAAAAGAGCUCGAAGCCGAUGACGAAGCAUACGAGGCUCGUCUCGCCGAGCUGCGCCAGAAUGAGGCUGCUCGUACAUCUGCCUUGAACAGUCUACGUGCCCGGAAGCGGCUUAAAGCAUCCGAGUCUUCUGAUAACGUUGUGGACGUUGAUGAACAGGACUUCUUGCCAGAAGACGACGAGGAGUCCUCACCCGACGGUCUGAAUAUCAGUCCCGCCGUGAGAGCGUUGAUGAACAAACUUUCCGGUGGAACAGCUUCAGCGAUUCCAGAAGCUCCACCGACGUGCACGAAGGUCUACUACGCAUCUCGGACUCAUUCCCAGCUUUCCCAGAUCAUCCCUGAACUACGCAAACUCAAGCUUCGACCGGCUUCGAAUCAGCGAAACGAUCGUCCAAGAUCUCAUCACCCAAUAUCUACCACCGACGCUACAAGCAAAAGAAAGUCGAGCGAAGACGAACCCGAAAACGAGGAGCUUGUCACUCACGUCAGAUCACUAUCCUUGGGAUCCAGAAAACAGCUAUGUAUAUAUGACGAACUGCGUUCCAAAACAACAGACAUAGAUGAAGCUUGUCGAACCUUGUUGUCCGAGAAAGGAGAUAAGCGUUGUCCGUACCUGCCGGCUAUAGACGACAAUACACGUAUACCCAAGCUGCGGGACAUUAUACUGUCAUCGCCCAUGGACAUCGAAGAUCUAGCAAACGCCGGACGAAGACAUGAAACAUGCCCAUAUUUUGGCUCACGUUCGGCCAUUCCUCAGUCGCAGUUGGUUCUGCUUCCCUACAACCUCCUGCUUCACCGAUCGGCACGCGAAGCCCUUGGAAUCGACCUGAAAGACCAAGUUGUUGUCAUUGACGAGGCCCACAAUCUUAUUCCGACGCUAUUGUCGCUCUCAUCUGUACAAGUGGCUGAGCAUACGAUCCGUUUGUCUCUGAGCCAGCUUGCUGCAUAUGUCUCUCGCUUUCGCUCUCGAUUAGCCUCAAAGCACCUUGUCUGCCUAAAGCGUCUUGUCUCAUUCCUCAAAGCGAUGUAUGGGGUGGUCAACGAAUUUGCUACCACAGGAGCGAAGGAGCCGCAGGGCCCUCUUUCUAAACCAGAGGUCAUGACGGUUCAUGAAUUCGUUUCACGAUUAGGGCGGAAAGUUGAUGGAAUCAAUCUCCUAGAAGUGGAAGAAUAUCUUCGAAGGAGCAAGAUCGCUAGGAAGAUCAGCAGUUACUCUGAUGCCGUUGUGGAGAAGCAAGGACCGAAGCGAUCAAACGCGGGUGCUCCCACCCCGUUACAUGUGGUAGAGUCACUGAUAGUCGCUUUAACGUCUCCUAACGAAGACGGCCGCGUUUCGUUGUCGAGGGUCCACGAAGCGGGACACGAUACGGUGGUGGUUCGCUACCAACAACUCAACCCUUCCACGCAUUUUAAAGAAGUCGUUGAUACUGCUCGCACCGUGAUCUUAGCGGGAGGCACCAUGUCUCCGAUGUCGGACUACGUAACGCAGCUGUUCCCCCAGAUUAAAUCCGAUAAUUUGAUGCUUCGAACGUACGGCCAUAUUGUACCGGCGUCAAACAUCCAGACAGUGGUCGUGAGCAAGGGUCCUCGCGGAAAUGACUUUGAAUUCAAGUUCGCGAGCCGGCGCGACCCCUUGGCUAUCGCUGAGCUAGGCCAAGCACUUUCGAAUCUCAUUAACAUUACUCCUGGCGGAAUGGUGAUUUUCUUCCCGUCAUAUGCCUUUCUGGACUCUGCCAAAGCAAGCUGGCGUGAAAGCGGUUUGUUGGCAAAGUGGACGACGAAGAAGAAGGUGCACUACGAGCCGCAGUCUGCGUCUGAGGUUGAGACUGUCCUGCGCGACUAUGCUUCCGAUAUUUCUCGCAUUGAUCCGUCGACAUCGAAGAAACAGGGAGCUAUACUGCUCGCUGUGGUCGGCGCUAAGCUCAGUGAAGGACUCAAUUUUGCUGAUGAUCUCGCGCGAUGCGUUGUGAUUGUUGGAUUGCCCUUCGCCAACCUCGACUCGCCGGAGCUGAAAGAGCGCAUGAAGUACGUCAACUCACUAGAGACCGCCAAUGGAGGGAAAGCCUCUGGAGCCAAAGAUGCGGCCCAUGAGUUGUAUGAAAACAUGUGCAUGAACGCAGUGAACCAGAGCAUUGGUCGGGCAAUCCGCCAUCGGGCUGACUGGGCCUCCAUCGUCCUUCUAGACAGGAGAUACAGCUCGCCCAGGAUUCGAAGCAAGCUUCCCAAGUGGCUCGGAGACAGCACUGUCGUCCCGCAAACGUUCGGCCAGGUCAUCAAGGAGAUGUCGUUGUUCUACCGAAACAAGCGUAACGAUUGA